AUGGAGAGGUUGCCGACCAUGGCCGCGUUGGCGAGACGAAACGUACCGGUGCCGAACCAAAUGUGUGUUCUGUGUGGAGAUUAUGCAGAGACAUGCGAUCACAUUUUUGUCUCGUGUCACUUCGCUCAAUCGAUAUGGCAAAACUUGGCAAUUUGGUGUAGGAUGCCGCCGAUAAUAGCAUUUGGUAUCAAAGACCUACUCACAUUGCAUGGCCCAAGAUCGAGCUCGAGGGAGAGUAAAGCUAUCCAUGCGGUCAUUCUUGUCACCUUCUGGUCGAUAUGGAAAGUACGGAAUGAGGUUGUCUUCAAUCAAGCGGUCCCGAAUGUCGUUAAAUCCUUAGAUGAGAUUAAAUCGAUGGCGUAUUUAUGGGUGAAGAGUCGGUCAAAAAUGGCUUCUCUUUCAUGGGAAAAUUGGAGCCGUUUCAAUUUAGGGGCUAUGUAA